UCAUAUGUCAGCAAAUAGAAACACACGCUAAUCCUUCAAUGUCAAAUUUAUAGUUACAUUUGGUAAAAUAUGCAGCAAUCUCGGUGCGCAGUACAGAGUCACAGUGGCGAGGUAUCAAUAUAGUGUUGGUAGGUGUUGGAGCGCGGCGGGCAGCGAUGUCGCACGCGGUGCUGCUGGCGCUGGCGUGCGCGGCGGCCGCGUCGGCGGCGCGCUACGGGGACUACUCGGGCGUGAAGAUGCCCGCGUACGGCGGGGGCGCCGACUACGAGGCGCCGCGGGAUCUGCUCGCCGCGCAACCAUCCGAGGACUACCACGGCCACUCGCCGGACGCACCCGCCUCGCUCGACUACAAGUACGAGGAGGAACCACGCAUUAAAACUGAAAAACCUACGAAGGAUUCCGACGACGCAGAAGUCUGGCGGAAACCUGGAAGAAAACAGAGGGGAUUGAUGCGACCAAUGGACAGCGGUAGCGUAGACGUAGCCAGCAAAUAUGAGCGGGACGAAGAAGAAGUGCCCAAGUUUAAGACGAGUCACCGCUACCCGAAACAUAGGUCGCGCCUCAAACCCGAUAUCCUUCCCAGAGACGAGGAGUCGCCGCCCAGACGCCCCACAAAAUAUAGUCGAGAUAGGAAAGAUGACGUUAGUGAUAUAAAUAGAAAAUACUAUUUCCCUGUAGAUAAAGAGGAGUUUGCAGAUGAUAAGAGUAAAGAAUUCGACGAAGAUGUUAAAUUUAUGAACGAACCUACUACAAGGCGAGUUAUGCGAAGGAAACAGAGAGACAGACAUAGUCUGAAGAGGAAACCUCAGGACGAUGAACUGGAGGCAGACAGGCGAAUGAAGCCGGAGAGUGAGGGCGAGGAGCGGCGGGUGCGGCCGCAGGAGCAACGCGUGCGCGACCGCUACCGGCCGGUGCUGGAGGACGAGGAGGAGGAGGCCAAGGUGCAGCCGCUGCUCAAGCCCAAGGACUACGAAGACUACGAGGACUACUACGACAUGAAGCGGGUCUACAGCAUCAAGAACAAUCUGCCCCAACUUCUCCGAAGAAGUUCAGAGGGCGCAUCGCGCACGACGGGUGCGAGCGUAGCGGAGCGAGAGCUGAAGGCGGCGCUUGGAGCGCUGGGAGCGCGGCGCACGCGCAAGGAGGUGGGCGGGGCGGAGGGGGCGCCCCCUCCCGCGCCCCCGCUCGCGCCUCUCGCUGCGCCCGCACCGCACACGCUUCACUCGCCGCCCACCUUCAGGCCCGCCGCUGUCUCCGCCGACACUAACAAGCAGUGGAACGACUUCAUCGCCGCCAACGACUCUCAGCGGCUGCAAAUUUCUAUAUAUGUUACUUUUUUAGCAUUAAUAAACUGUUUGCAGAGAUACGAGUAUAGCAAUAUUUCAGUGAAACCCAUGCAACGCACAAAGCUGACACCUAACUCCCGACACUCACCUACUUUAGCCGCGCCCUCGACUUGUGCACUUGUGUCGUGUUUGACACGCCAGCCGAUGCUCUCGAUACAGUUUCCAAUACAAUGACGAUGAACAAGCGGCGGGUCACCUGGUGCGCCCGCGCUGACCCGGCUGACCCGGCCUGACCCGGCGCGGCCCGCUGUGACCGCUGCUAGCUCGGUGCACGCGAGCUGCCACUAUAUAUAGCUCAAGUGGCGGGGGUUGUCUUUUCCCGUCCUAUUGUGCGAAGCUUUGAUGUCACUAGAUACAAACUAACAUGAAUAGGCACCAACGCCGGACGCGAUUCCACUUGAGAAUUGACGGCGCGGAGGUAGGCUUUAUUAUAAGAGCAACGUAAAUGUGCAACUUGAUUUAUAAUUUUGGACACUUUACAAGUGAGGUUUAU